AUGGCUGACCCACUCUCAAUCGCAUCGGGGAUUGCGGGGUUGCUUUCGCUUGGUAUUCAAGUCACCCAAUCCUUAGUCGAGUUUUACACCACAUACAAAAACCAGGACAACGAUGUGGCAAAGGUUACCCAGAAUCUCGAUAAUCUUCAAAAUCUCUUUCGAGCCCUUGAUGCUGCAGUAGAGGAGCGCCGAACACAAGCCAACACGCAAGAUCUACUCCAAGAAAUCGAGAAGGCGGUACUCAAAUGCGAGGAAAUCAUCAUCGAGCUACGGAGCGAGUGUGACAGAUUCAACAAAGACUCAAAUGUCGGUUUAAAGGAUCUCAUCAAGGUGACCGGACGUCGCGCCGCCUAUCCAUUUCGGAAAAGUACCCUGCAGAAACUCGAAGAAGACGUGGGCGAAAUACGUGAAAACCUGUCAUUCGGACUCAAUGUCCUGCAGCUUAAAAGCCAGACCCAGAUCCAAGCUGAUUUAUCGGAUAUCAAAUCACUCGUCGAGCGAACAAAUGCUAGUCAAAUCUCCUUUACAAUCCGUUGCUGGCUUAUGGCGCCAGAUGCAUCUCUCAACCACAACACCGCAUGUGCCAAAUCUCAUCCAAAGACGGGUCUAUGGUUCGUUAACGGCUACCAAUUUCGGACUUGGCUGAAGGAACCCAGUUCCUUUCUAUGGCUGAACGGGUUCGCGGGAUGUGGCAAGUCGGUUCUCUGCUCAACUACAAUCCAGAAUACAUUUCAUGAGAUGAAGGAUGAACACGCAGUCGGAAUCGCGUUUUUCUACUUUUCCUUCACUGAUCAGACAAAGCAAGAUGAUAAUGGUAUGCUACGGACACUGCUACUACAGCUAUCGGCACAGCUCCCAGACGGCGAAAAAGAUCUGGAGCAGCUGUAUAUGUUGAAUAAAUCUGGGUCUCCUUCAGUGGACAAGCUACUUGCCUUACUUCGAAGUUUCCUUGAGCGAUUCCGUGAUACUUAUAUUCUACUCGAUGCACUAGACGAGAGCCCUCGAGAUUGUCAAAGAGAGGGAGUUUUAAAAGCUAUACAGGUGAUACGUGACUGGUUGAUGCCUGGCGUCCAUCUGUUGGUGACCAGUCGUAACGAGCUCGAUAUUCGCGAGUCGUUAAAACCUUCCUGUAGUCAGGAUGUUCCGCUCAGGAAUCCUGAAGUGGAUAGAGACAUCGCAGAUUUUGUCUCCUAUCAGCUUGAGAACGAUGCGAAGGUUCAGAAGUGGAAAUCACGUCACGAGGAGAUCAAGAACAAGAUGGCAACUGAUGCGCAAGGAGUAUUCAGAUACGUUGAAUGUCAGUUCAACGCCUUUCGGCGGGUGCGAAAUCGGAACCAGCUUGACCACUGCCUGCGCACAUUGCCCCGUGAUCUGGAUGAAACGUACGAGCGAAUACUGUGCAGUAUUGCGGAUGAAUAUGUCGAGGACGUCCGGCGGGUUUUGACAUUGCUUUGCUUCUCCACUCGACCACUCACUAUCAAUGAGCUUAUCGACGCUCACGCAGUUGAUCUAAAUGAUCCACCCCAGCUCGAUCGUGACGGUCGUUUAUAUGAGCAGGAUGACAUUAUCGAUGUUUGUGUUGGGCUUGUUGAGGUCGUGGCCACGGAAAACUACGAAGGACGAACUACUCCGACCGUGCGUAUAGCGCAUUUUUCUGUUCAGGAGUACCUCCUGUCAGACCGGCUCAUUCAACAAAAAUCAAGAAUGUUUGCAAUGAAAAGUGCGCCCGCAAAUUCAGAGAUAGCUCAAAUAUGCCUGGUCUACCUUCUGGAGCCAACUCUCUCUGAAGGGGUCUUUGAUGAAGGAAAGCUCACGGAGUUUCCAUUUGCUUCCUUCGCAGCUAGCUAUUGGUUUCAUCAUUAUAAAAAUUCAGAGGAGGAGGAAGCAAUUGGAAACCUAGCAUCGAAGCUUUUCAAAGACAAGACGAAGGCUUUUGUUUCGUGGGUUCGCUUGCAUAACAUGGACGUUGGAAAAAUACGGGGUUCGUAUGGUCCUGCUGUUGAUAUAGCAACACCUGUGUACUAUGCGGCGUUGUUGGGGCUAGACUUUGUCCUAAAUAGCAUCCUACCUGCAGGUUCAGAGUUAUCUGAAACCGUGAACAUCCAAGGUGGGUAUUGGGGAUAUGCGCUCCAAGCCGCCUCAUUUAAUGGCCAUGAGAAAGCGGUGCAGAUACUAUUGGAUAGAGGUGCCGAUAUCAACAUCCAAUAUGGAAAUUGGGGCAAUGCACUACAUGCCGCAUCAUUUAAUGGCCAUGAGAAGGUGGUUCAGGUACUAUUAGAUGGAGGUGCCGAUGUUAACAUCCAACAUGAAUAUUGGGGCAAUAUACUCCAGGCCGCUUCACUUAAUGGUCAUGAGAAGGUGGUGCAGACACUAUUGGAUAGAGGUGUCAAUGUUAAUGUCCAAGGUGGAAACUGGACUAAUGCACUCCAGGCUGCAUCAGUCAGUGGUCAUGAGAAAGUGGUGCAGAUACUAUUGGAUGCUGGUGCCGAUGUUAAUAUGCAAGAUGGAUAUUGGGGUAGUGCACUCCAGGCUGCUUCACUUAAUGGCCAUGACAAGGUUGCACAGAUACUAUUGAACGGAGGUGCCGAUAUCAACGCCGAAGGCAAAUAUUGGGGAAAUGCACUCCGGGCUGCUUCAAUUAAUGGCCAUGAGAAGGUGGUGGAGAUACUAUUGAAUGGAGGUGCUGAUGUCAACACCCAACAUGAAUAUUGGGGGAAUGCCCUCUACGCCGCUUCAUUGAAAGGCCACAAAAAGGUAGUGCGGAUUCUGUUAGAUGAAGGCGCCGAUGUCAACUUCGAAGAUAAAAAUUGGGGUAAUGCACUCCAGGCUGCAUCAAGUGAAGGCCACGAAAAUGUGGUGCAAAUACUAUUGGAUGCUGGUGCCGACGCCAACGCGCAAAAUGGUGAAUUAGGUCUUUAG